CCAUCAUCUUUGUGGCAGCCAGUAGCAGUUAUAACAUGGUCAUAAGGGAGGACAACAGCACUAACCGGCUGCGCGAGUCUCUUGAUCUGUUCUGCAGCAUCUGGACUAACAGGUUUUUAAGGACCAUCUCAGUGAUCUUAUUCCUGAACAAACAGGACAUGCUGGCAGAAAAGAUACUGGCAGGAAAAUCCAAACUUGAAGAUUAUUUCCCAGAGUAUGCUCGCUACACUCUUCCUCCUGAAGCAACACCUGAUCCCGGAGAAGACCCGAAAGUGUCCAGGGCAAAGUUUUUUAUUCGAGAUGAAUUCUUGAAAAUCAGCACAGCAAGCGGCACAGACAAACACUACUGCUAUCCUCACUUCACCUGUGCCGUGGACACAGAAAACAUCCGUCGUGUAUUCAAUGACUGUCGUGACAUUAUUCAGAGGAUGCACCUCCGCCAAUAUGAACUCUUGUGAUUGGCUGCCUGGAUCUGGCUGCUCCUCCAAUCAGCACUUUUCCAGUUCCACAUCACAUGGGGUCUUUAAGAACUACUGAAGAGUGACAAUUUUUUCAUGUUUU